AGCAUAAACCUCUAGAUACAUUCAAGAGCCACCGAGCACGCAAGCGAGAGCAUCCACCACCGCGCCGGCGUAAAUCUCAGGCCUAACUAACUUUUCCGGCACAAAUUCCAACGCCGCUUCACAAUUAACACUGAUACACAAGAUAAUGUUGAGCUACUUUGCAAGGGUGUAUUAUCUUUGACCUACAUGUUCGUUCGAGGGGAGUAGAAGUACCGAUAUUAUGUGGACCAACGUUUUCAGAAUUGGAGGUCUACAGCAGGUAUCAUGGUUCCAGUUUCUUCCACAUGAAUCUGGUCUCAAGUCCUUGCCUGAUCGAAGUUUUAAGGUGGACCAAAAAGAUGCUGCCACGCUAGUGGUUCUGUCAUCCCAUCAACAGUUGCAAAAGGAAGGAUUUCUUAGCGCUUGGACCAAUUGUUUUGUUGGACCUUGGGACCCUUCUCAGGGCAUACAUAACCCUGAUGAAAAGCUUAAGCUUUGGCUUUUUCUCCCUGGACGUCACUCAACUGUUGCUGAAAAGGCUCAGGCUGCUGUAUCUAGAUUAAGAGUUCUGGCAUCUGGACUUUGGUUGGCUCCUGGAGACUCUGAAGAGGUUGCAGCUGCGCUGUCUCAAGCUUUAAGGAAUUGCAUUGAAAGAGCACUUGCAGGCCUUUCUUAUGUGAGAUUCGGGGAUGUGUUUUCAAGAUAUCAUCCCUUUUCACAGAGUGAAGAAUUAUUCAGGAGGGGACAACUUGUGGUUGAGUUCGUCUUUGCAGCCAGUGAAGAGGCAGUCUUUGUGCAUGUUGUAGUCACUGCCAAGCAUAUUAGGACCAUUACAAGUGGAGAUAUGGAAACAAUAUCAGAACGUUCUUCUAGCUUGUCUCAUAAUGGACUUCCAGUUAUUGUCUCACCUCAUGGAAUGCAUGGAAAACUAACUGGAUGUUGUCCAGGUGAUCUUGUGCAACAAGUUUAUACAAGUGCUGGCAAGUUAAAGGCUUCAAAUGGGGUACUGGGCCUUCUUGACCCAGUUUCUCAAGGUUCUAGUUGCAAAUUGAGAGGGCAAAGUUGCUAUCUUGAAGUUACUGUUGGCUGUUCGAGUGCCGAAAAUGAGAAGAUAGUGCAAGCAAACCUAGAUAAGAAUAUAUCCGGGCAGAACAUUUCUGAAUCUUCUGCAGUGACAAAAGAUGCUCAAAAAGGUUCAGCACGGCAUAUGCCAGUUUGUGAAAAAACAUUCAUCUAUCCUGCUGAAGUGGUGCUAGUCCCGGUUGUGCAAACAUCAUUUGCUAAAUCUUCUUUGAAAAGAUUUUGGCUACAAAAUUGGAUGGGCCCAUCAUUAUCUGGUUCAUCUUUCCUGGUCUGUCAUGACAUUGUUGAAAAUCUGGAGGGGUCUUGGAUUAAUUCUAGUGGAAUUCACUCUCGACGAAGUUAUCGUAGUAGUAGCAACAGUAAUAGUAGUAGCAUUAGCAGCAGCAGUACAUCCAGUGAUAGUGAUUACAAGAUGAACACUGGAGCUGGAGACCUUGAAGCAGAUGCUGAUUCUUUAACAUGUGGGCAGUCUGGCUUGUCUUCUGCUGAUCAAGUAAACAAUGAUGGUCGCAGAUUGGGAAACAAGAGAACUCGAGCAGGGAUGACAGACUCGUUUAGUCAGGCAGGAGCUCUAAGCAAUGUUGGCAUGCAAGGUGGGUCUAUUGAAGUUAAUGCUUCAGUUAGCAGUGGAGUAGCAAAAGAACAUCUGGGAUGGGAUUGGGAUGAUGAUGACAGGGGUGUGGUAAUGGAUAUUCAGUCUCUUCUAUCAGAAUUUGGAGAUUUUGGUGAUUUCUUUGAAAAUGAUAAUUUGCCUUUCGGAGAGCCACCAGGAACUACAGAUUCACAGGAUAUUGUGGUUUCUACACCAGAUGGUGGAGAUAUUGCUAGCAACAGCCCAUACACUGGCAUGUUGGAUGUUCCAGAACAGAUGAGUUUGCCUGUAGAGUUUUCAUCUUUUGAAAGCUUCAAUCCACCUCCGCUUGUCAUAGAGGAUUCAGUAAGCAAAAGUCAAUUACUCUCCAAUGAUGCUCAAUCUUCUGAUCAGAUGGACUACACUCCCGCAUCUUCUCUGGGUGAGUUUAAUCACUUGAUAAAAGCUGAAGCAUUGAUGACAUUUGCUCCUGAAUAUGGGGCUGUUGAGACGCUUAAAAGUGAGAUUUCAUCAUCAAUUUUUGGGAAUCCAUACAUUCCAAAAUCAAGAAAAGCAAACAGUGAGACUUCAACAUCAAACAAUUAUGUUUAUUCUGCUACACCACCUUCUCCUUUCUUAGCUGGAUCUGAUGAGAAGAAGGCUGUUAUGUCUUUAAAUGUGAAAGUCGGUUCUGGUAGAUAUGAUGCAAUUGUCCCUUCUUACCCAAAAAAUUAUUACACUCAUGUUGAAAGUGUGAGAGAGCAGAACGAAAAAAGAUUAUUGGAUUGCAGCAGUAGUAUUUCAUCACGCGAAUAUGUGCCACCAUCUACUUUCUCAGGCUUUAAGUCUACAAACUCUAUCAUCCCUGUUGAGAAUAAGGUCACUGAAAGCACUUCGGUGACCGACAAUUACCUCUUAUCCACAAAAACAGUUCUUGCUAAUGAAGUAGAAUGCAUCAUGUUCCAGGCUUAUAUGUGCAAAAUGCGGCACACGCUUUUAUCUUCCAGCAGCUUUCAGUCUGUUGGAUAUAAUCGCCAAUCUGGGAGUUCUGUUCUAAAUCACCUGCAUAAUGACCCAAGCAUCUUGUUGGAUAACAUUUCUGGAAAAUAUGAGGUGAAAAAGAAAGAAUCUAUACCAGUAAGGAUAGCUGGUGACAUUGAUAGAGGUAUACUGGAGAGCCCUCUAAAUGCUGUUGGUGUUUGGAGAUCUGUUGGAGUUUCUAAAGGUUCAAAACCUUUGGCAACUAGUAUGGAGGUUUCCGCAGAUCUGCCUCAUAACUCAUUUAAUGAGGAGAGCUUACUUUUGUAUGGGCAGAGGCAACCGCUUCAGGAGCUUCUUAAUGCCAUGCCACUACUUGUCCAGCAAGCUACUUCAUUUGUUGAUGUGGCCUUAGAUGCUGAUUGCAAUGACGGGCCAUAUGGUUGGCUUGCAUUACAAGAGCAGUGGAGACGUGGAUUUUCCUGUGGACCAUCUAUGGUACAUGCAGGCUGUGGAGGGGUUUUGGCAUCUUCACAUUCACUUGACAUUGCAGGUGUGGAGCUUGUAGAUCCACUUGCAGCUAAUGUCCAGGCGUCAUCUGCUAUCACCUUGAUCCAGUCAGACAUUAAAGCAGCAUUAAAAUCUGCCUUUGGCAAUUCUGAUGGUCCAUUGCUUGUUACUGAUUGGUGCUGUGGCCGCAGUCAGUCUGGUGAUGCUGGAGUUUUGGGCGAUGCUUUCUCAGCUGAAUCAUCGGCAAGUGUAAGUGAAUGCAGGGAUUCUGCUAGUAACACUACUCUUUCUGGUGUUGAACCAGUAAGCCCAUUGCAGUCUGCUGGUGCAUCAUCUUUUAAAGACGGCUCUAAGGUUGAUGAAACAAGUGAAAGGAGAUCAAACCAAGAUACGAGUAUUUCUGAGUCAGAGCAGCAACUUGGUUCAAGGCUAGGGCCAACAUUGCUUGUACUUCCUUUUCCUGCUAUACUUGUUGGGUAUCAAGAUGAUUGGCUCAAGACAGCAGCUAACUCUCUACAAGUCUGGGAAAAGGCACCCCUUGAACCUUAUGCAAUGCAAAAACACAUGGCUUAUUGUGUUGUAUGUCCGGACAUUGAUCCACUUGCUACUGCCACUGCUGAUUUUUUCCAACAACUUGGAACGGUGUAUGAGACUUGUAAAUUGGGAACUCAUUCACCUCAAAGUUUGGGGAAUCAUAUGGAGGUAGACUCACGGAAAUUGUCAUCGUCUGGAUUUGUACUUCUUGAUUGCCCUCAGUCGAUGAAGAUUGAAAGUAAUACAUCAUCCCUUGUGGGAUCGAUCAGUGAUUACUUUUUAUCUUUGUCUAGUGCCUGGGAUUUAACAAAAUAUCUAAAGUCCCUUUCAAAUGCUCUUAAGAGUUUGAGCUAUAGUGCUUGCUUGACCUCUAAUGCCAAAGAGGGAAUUAAUGGGCCUUGUAUGGUGAUCUAUGUGGUGUGCCCCUUCCCUGAGCCUAUUUCAGUUCUAAAAACGAUUAUUGAGGCUUCAGCUGCUAUUGGAUCAGUUGUUCUGUCAGCAGACAAGGAAAGGAGAAAUGUUAUACACAAUCAUGUUGGCAAGGCACUAAGCUGCCUAACUGCCAUUGAUGAAACAUCAAUAGCCAAUGUUGUUACACUUUCAGGGUUUAGCAUUCCGAAGUUGGUAUUGCAGGUUGUAACUGUUGAUGCUAUUUUUAGGGUUACAACUCCCACUCUAAAUGAGCUUGUCCUUCUCAAGGAGAUAGCUUUUACUGUUUACAAUAAAGCUCGAAGAGUUUCACGAGGUUCUACUGCCGAUGCGAUUCCAUCAUCUACGAGUUCUGGUAGAUCAAAUUCAGCUUUGAUGCAAGUGACUUCUGUCCCAGGGAUGUGGAAAGAUUGUGAUGGUUCUCGAAUGACGGGGCCUUCUUCUCAAAGAGAGGCUGAACUCGAUGCUACCUUGAGGGCUGGUAACUGGGAUAGUUCCUGGCAAAUGCCAAGGAGUGGAGGACUAGGAUUUGAUUCUAAUGUAAUUGGGGAUUUAUCUCUUCAAGAUGAAGUACGUUAUAUGUUUGAGCCACUUUUUAUUCUUGCUGAACCAGGAUCUCCUGAGCGAGGUGUGCCAGCACUAUUAUCUGGGAAUUUAGCAUACGAGUCCUCUAAAAUGUUGACAGAUGAUGGUACUAGUGGAGAUACUGGACCAAGCUCGCAGUUUAAUGGGCCUACGACGGAAAGCUACACAUCUGGCAAUCAAAAGCCUCUUCCAAGCCUUCACUGUUGCUAUGGGUGGACCGAGGACUGGCGUUGGCUAGUUUGCAUAUGGACUGAUUCAAAGGGGGAAUUGCUUGACAGCUAUAUCUUUCCCUUUGGUGGGAUCAGUAGUAGACAGGAUACUAAGGGUCUGCAACUCCUUUUUGUCCAAAUUCUUCAGCAAGGUUGUAAGAUACUCCAAGCAUGUUCUCCUGAUACUGGAAUUGCCAAGCCUAGAGAUUUCGUGAUUACACGUAUUGGAUGCUUCUUUGAACUGGAAUGUCAGGAAUGGCAAAAGGCUUUAUACUCGAUUGGGGGUUCUGAAGUGAGGAAGUGGCCUGUCCAGCUGCGACGAUCUACACCUGACGGGAUUCCUCCAAACAGUAACGGAAAUACUAUGCAACAACAAGAGUUGAGUAUGAUGCAAGAUAGAACGAUGCCAUCUUCGCCUAGUCCUUUGUAUAGUUCCCACUCCAAGGCUUCUAGCUACAUGAAGGGCAGUAUGGGGCAACCCUCUGCUAGAAAGCAGCUUAUGGGUGGUCAUACUGCAGUUGACAACUCUAGGGGUCUGCUUCAGUGGGUGCAAAGCAUCAGUUUUGUGUCAGCAUCAGUCAAUCAUUCCCUACAUUUUGUUCUUCAAGCAGAUUCAGCAUCAUCGGGGGCAACUCAAGGAAGCAGUGUAAUAGGUCAGUCAGGCUACCUUGAAGGAUUUACUCCAGUCAAAUCUCUUGGUUCUACAUCUUCAUCUUAUAUCCUGGUUCCAUCACCUAGCAUGCGCUUCCUUUCUCCUACUCCUCUUCAGCUCCCUACAUGCCUCACCUCUGAAUCUCCUCCACUAGCACAUCUCCUACACAGCAAGGGAUCUGCAAUCCCUCUAUCUACAGGAUUUGUUGUUUCAAAAGCGGUACCUUCAAUGCGGAAAGACACUCCUAGUAGCACAAAAGAAGAGUGGCCUUCAGUUCUAUCUGUGAACCUAGUUGAUUAUUAUGGUGGGAACAACAUUAGCCAGGAAAAACUCAUCAAAGGUGUUGCGAAGACUGGCGGGCGAGGUUUAAGCCUGGAAAACAGAGAGGUUGAGCGAGAGGCUCAUCUGAUUCUCGAGACUGUAGCAGCAGAACUUCAUGCUUUAUCAUGGAUGACUGUGAGUCCAGCAUACUUGGAGCGGCGAACAGCCUUGCCCUUUCACUGCGACAUGGUUUUGAGAUUACAGAGGCUUCUUCAUUUUGCUGAUAAGGAAGUCUCUCGGUUGCCAGAGAAAGCAGAAGGUUAGAAUGAACGAAAGAAACUUAUGAUACAUAGGAACUCAGAAAAUAGAUUGUGCAGGGUUAGUUGCACCAUGCUAUUUAAAUAUAUAAUUAGGUCCUGCUGACGAAGACAGUCAUAGAAAUUGGCAUGGGUUAUAGGUGUCCUGAUGUGGGAAAUCGUAUCGACAUUUAUGUAUAUACAACUUAAAAUAGCCAUUAUGGUAUAUGUUUACUCCCAGCAGAUAGGUAAUAGUCAUAGACUAAUUUUAGUUUUGCUCUUUUUGGGACCUGUAAAAUUGUUGUUGCUAUCAAGAUCAGUGAAGCUAAUUCUAGGUGAAAAGUAUCAUGUUGGUGCUAAAUAUUCAAGAAGUCUCAACUUGUGAUGCAUCUGUAGUUGAAUUUGUAAUAGAGGUAUCUUGUUGCAACUAUACUUUUUAUUUUUAAUUUGGUAUCUGCAAAAAUUUUUCUAGUUAA